AUGAACGCAGCAGUCGCCUACAGGGCAUCCCUCUACGGCCUGGACCAGCCGUUGGGACUGCCCCCGGGCGCUCGACGCAGGAACAACGGCGACUUGGACAAAAAAUCACCGCUGGCAAUAGAACAAGAAAAGAUCGCACGCCGGCAAAGCUUCAUCCCAGUCAACUGGGUCCAGUACAAGAACCACUGCGCCCAAGAAGCAACCACCAAGCCAGAAUCCAUAUUCGAUGUCGUCUGGGAGCAGGAGCCCGAGGUCCACAGCGUGAGGGAUCAGGCCUGGCGCAUGUUCACCAUCUUCCCGUACCGAGACGCAGUCUGGGUCGUCAAGAUCUUCCUCACCCUCGGCGGCACGCUGAUGGCCCUCGCGGCCACCUUCGGCGUCGUGACGGCCCAGAUACAAGCCAGGGGCCAGAAGGUAACGCCGCAGACCCUGGGGUUCAACAUCAACGCCGCCACUAUACUUACCACCGACUUCGGCCUCAUCCUCCUGCUGAUGGGUGCGUCGCUGGGCCUGGUCGCGAUCCUGAACGCCCACCGCGGCGCCAUGGAGCCACUCGACAUCAAGAUCGGGGCCCUCGAGCCGCCCAAAUCAUAUAAGCCCGCCCUUCUCGGCGCUAAAUCAUGGGUAUGGCUGCCGACCAGGGACGACCUCGCCGCCCUGUGGGCCAAGGUCCCCUUCCGCGCCGGCUUCGUCAACUGGGUGGGUCUCGUCGCCCUCAACGUCGUUGUCGUCACGACCAUCCCGGGACUCUUCGACCCGGGCGACACGCAGCGGAUCCUCCUGGCCAUCCAGCUGCCGCUCUUCAUCGGCUUCGUGCUGCUGGUCGUGGCCAACUCCUUGCUCUUGAUAUGGCUGCAGGAGAGGUGGUACAAGCCCAGCUGGCAGAAGGCCUCGUGGCUGAGCGCCUUCGGCUCCACGGUCGGGUCCGUCAGCCUGACGCUGUCGACGCUGUACCAAUUUGCCGGCAUGGGCCUCUCUGGUGCCCUGGCUACGCUGGUCGGCCGCUGGGUGUUCUUUGUGGCCAUCACCAUUGGGUUCUACGACCUUAUGGCGUUUCAUCCUAAUUCUUGGGCUGGUGUUUCGAUUGGUGGUCGGUAA